ACCAAGGUUCUCACCCCGCGGUGCCAGCGCCGAUCUCCAGGCUUAGUGCUUGCUCUGAGAUCACCCACAGCAGGAAUACAUUGGUGUUGACUUUUUGCUGGGUUUGCUUUUAAUAACUAGGAUAGCUGGAUAAGGUUACCGGCACACCUCGGUUCAACAUCCAGAGACGUCACACGGCGGACGUCAUUGUAAGGACUCCAGAGCGCGAUUUUCUUGUCGGCGACAUAACACGAGGAUUGCGAUAAGAUGCGCGAAGGUGGGCUUGGGAAAUUGCAUAAACGGAUGAUGGGGAAGUUUGGGGAGACGUUACAUCCUGAUGAUGCAUAUCUUAGUUAUUACGAUAUACGAUUGAUGCGGGAGGAUAUUCAAACGUUAAAAAACGAUUGGCUUACAGAUAAUGUUAUUUCGUUCUGGGAAGAGUACCUUGAGCACGAAUUCUUAUCGAAAUACGAACACUCAAACAUCGUCCUCCUCCGCCCGAGCAUGUCUUUCAUGCUCCUACAAACCCCCGAUCCCCGCACCCUCCGCGACGCACUCCCGAACUUCAGCAAAACCACACACGUCUUCCUCCCAAUCAACGACUGCCGGAAUGUCACCGAAGCCGAGGGCGGAACACACUGGUCGCUACUGCUCGUUUCGAUCGUCGACUGCAUUGCUUUCCACUACGAUUCGCUCCCCCCAGGGAACAGGAUGGAAGCUUAUACGAUCACGAUGAAGCUGAGCUCUUUGUUGAACCGCGGAAUCAGAUUCGUGAAUUUGGAGGACUCGCCGAUGCAAGAGAAUAGCAGCGACUGCGGCGUCUUUGUGUGCUUGAAUAUGCGGUAUCUGCUGCUCGAGCGAUUGCUGCGCGCGAAUUCGCAUCAAAAGGUCAGCAUGAGCUUGGCCGGGAAGCGCGUUGACGCGUCGGCGGGACGGAGAGAAAUGCUCAAGAUUGUCGAAGGUUUUAGGAAGGAGGGUGUUCGAAGACGAUCGUAAGGUUCCUUUCCCCUUUCUUUUCAGUGUUUACUAAAUUUCGCAGGCAUAGUUCUAGCCCAUCUGA